UUUAAGUGGCCUCUCAUAACAUAUAACGUGAACUCUGCCGCAUCCACCACAGGCCUCAGCGCCGCCGCCGCCCCGAAGCCUCAGAAAGUAGCUGCUCUUUUCGCUGCUCAAACCUGCCAGUCCAUUCCAUCGGCUGCCGCUGAUUGCUACUUUCAUUUUCACUUGCCUUCUAUUUUCUCAGGGGCUCGAGAACUCAUAAAGGCCAUUUUCUCGCUUGUUGCUCGUUUUUGUUGAGCAUCAGAAGAUGGCAACUGGAGCUGGACUAGAGACUCUUGUUGAUCAAACAAUUUCAGUUAUCACAAAUGAUGGGCGGAAUAUUGUGGGAAUUCUAAAAGGUUUCGAUCAAGCUACCAACAUAAUUCUUGAUGAGUCUCAUGAACGUGUGUACUCCACAAAGGAAGGCGUGCAACAACUCGUUUUGGGCCUCUACAUCAUCCGGGGCGAUAACAUAAGCAUUGUUGGAGAGUUAGAUGAAGAGUUAGAUGCAAGCUUGGACUUAUCGAAACUUAGAGCUCAUCCUUUGAAGCUAGUCAUUCACUAAUGUGUGCCAUUGCGAAUACAUAUGCAGAUGCCUUAAAGCUGUUGAGCUUUGCUUGUAAGAAUUGAAGUUUAGCUAGAAGCAGGAGAGGUAAAAUGUGGAUGUUUGAUCGAUAUUAUUUGAUAAAUACAAUUGUUCUCAUUCAUGUUUGUUU